GCAUACUGUGCAGAGCAGGCUGGGAGGAACAACAUAUCACCAGACGUCAGACACCAAGGCACUGUUUUCAAAGGGUGCCAUAAACUGUUGCUUUAUUUAACGUAUUUUCGCAGAACAAGACAGUGACAGGGGCCCUGGCUGCCUGCGUGUGCUGGUUCAAGCUUGGUGCCUGCCGGGAGGUGCCUAUAGGGCCACCAAGGCUAAUAUUGAGGGACAAAAGAGAAAAGCAGGAAGACCACCACCACCAGCACAGUGGAAGAAAGAUGUAAACAAAGCGGUACCUUCCUUCCAGCUGGUGAUAAAACUUUCUCUCGCUCUCCCUUACUCUCCCACGUCACGGAAGCAGUGAAAUAAAGCACACGAGAAGGAAGUGAGAGGAUAAUGAAGUUUGUGAUACGUCAGAAGGUUACACCCAUUUCCUGUCCAGAUGUUGAGUAAUGGCAACCCUCCGAUCCGGCAAGCAAGUUGGCGGCAGCGAUGGCGGUGGCGGUGGCAGUGGUGGUGAGGUGGACAGCAGGGACAGAGGGGCAGUACAGGCUGCGGACAUCAAGGAGAAGAAGAACGCGCGGACAAGCAAGGUGGUAUUCGGCAGUCUGAUCCUGGACCUGCUCGGCUUCAAGGUGGUGCUGCCUCUGUCUUCUGCUCUCCUCGACUAUUACUCCAAGCACGACUCCAGCGGCUUGUAUUCCUCUCUGCUCUCCUGUGUUACUUAUUACCAGCAUAUCAUCAGCGUCCCUGCAAGGUUCCAUUCUGUCUUGUUUUGGUGGGCCUAAUGAUGAUGAUUCCUGCUUUCAUCCUCAUCGGUGCUAGCGAGACCAACCUGGGGCUGUACUCUGGACUGAUGCUGUAUGCCAUAUGCACUGAUCAGCGUAGCAUUCAGCAUAGGCUUCACCAUCGGGCCAACUGUGGGGCCCGCGUUCUCCCACUGGGGAAAUACUGGGUGGUUCGCGGCCUCGGCUGUCUACGCACCCACUCUUGCUGUGGCUAACAUAAUAUUCUUUGCUGUCUUCUUCCAGGAAUCGCUGCCUGAGCUGGAGGAGGUGAGGAAGAGGCAGGAGGAGGAGCGCAAAGCCUGGGACUACAUGUACCAGGGCAGGCAGUGGAGGUGCACAUGGAUGCGAGAUUGUCAUUGCCACCCCGGGCUGUCUGGUGGAUGUGCUGAAGAACUGCUACCUGGUGCUGAACUAGUGCACCUACAUGGUGUUUGAUGAGGUGGACAAGAUAUGACAGACAUGAGCUUCAAGCCAGACAUGCAAAAGAUCCUGAAGUUCAUGCUGAUGACGAAUGAGAAGCCUGACAGCGAGGAUGAGGACAAGCUGCUGCAGAACUUCCUGUCCAAACACAAGUUCCGGCAGACAGUCAUGCUCACAGCUACCAUGCCGCCUGCCGUGGAGCGCAUGGCGCACCAGUACCUGCACUGCCCUGCCAAUGUGUGCAUUGACUCAGUGGUCAAGCUGGUGGAGCAUGUGCAGCAGGUGGUGUACAUAGUGACAGAGCAGAACUGCAAGAAGCUGCUGGACAUCCUCAAAUGUGGCAGCACUGUGCCCAUUCUCACUUUUGUCAACCAGAAGGGCACGGACGUCCUCAUCUGCAGCCUGGAGAAGCUUGGCCACAACGCUACCAUGCUGCAUGGGGGCAAGGGGCAGGAGCAGUGAGAGCUUGCCAUGGCAAACCUCAAGUAUAAAAAUAAAUGAGAGCUAUAGAUAAGUGUCUGGUAAA